AUGGGAAAAAAAAAAAACAAAGAGAUUACACGAGGAUGUUUAUCGCCGUAUGUCGACGGCGGCGCGAUAACGGAAUUUCGGUGUGGCGCGCAAACAUCACCGCCCACGUUGAAGGGAUCUUCAAGAGGAUGGGAAUGGGCACAAUUUGACGGCAGGGCGAACAAGGUGCCCGGUGGCCGUGUCAACAGUGGCAACACGGGCGAUUCCGUCUGCCCCAGGAUGCAGUUGACGGACCCGUCCUAUUGUCCAAUGAAGUGGAUGUGUGGCCUCUCGAAUGAGUACAAGAUCACCAACACGCAGACUCUUUCCAUCAGAGCACCAUUUCGAGCGAACUUGAAGGGUCGAGAGAUACUCGUUCUUCCAUCGUGCCCAAAAAUGACGAUGUAUAUCUGUUAUGAGACGCCAUCGAUUGAGUUUUGA